CAAGAACUGAAGAACAAAACGCAGGCAUUGUGAAGAUCAAAUUUCCUGUUAAAGAACUUGGCGACCUUAAUUUACGGGAAAAAAUCCACAAUGCCUUCAAUGCUGAAAGAAUUGGUUUCGAUCUAUUCAUCAAAUAUAAUAGUGGGGAGAAAGAACAAAUUCAUACAGAACUCGUAAUUUCGCUUAAGAAUCAAACCAGAAAUUGGUGGACAAAUAGCAAUGCUAUUUGUGUAGUCGAAAGUAGAGAUCUCAGACCUGAUGUUGGUGUAUGGGUUUCAGUGACCAACACAAAGGCUGCAAGACCAAAAUGUUAUGUCCGUGCUAAAUCUGUCUCUCGUGAAAGUACGCCACGCCCAACAACUUGUUCAAUCAAACGAACUUUAUUAGUGCCACCUAAUACUGAAAUUAUUGAAGAAUAUACCUACGAAAAAGUUAAAAACAAAAUAUUUCAAUCAGAAUAUUCUGAAAUUGAACCUAAAAUAACUUCGGAGACAAAGAUUGAAGAUAAUCAAGCAACAGAGGAGGUAUAA